UCAGAAACCUAUAGGUGCUCAAAACGGCAAAAACCGAAUAAUUGUAGAGGAGAGGUAAAAUUUUUAAAUAAUGAAGUUGUUAUGCUGAAAGAACACAAUGCAGCUAUCUGCAAAGAGAACGCUGCGCCAACCGAAGACUUUUUGGAACAAAUUGGCAAUAAAUCUUUAAGACGCCUUUCUAACGCUUCUUUGGAAAGUGGCCUUUUAAAUGCACAAGUUAUUCCCAACAGCAUAAGAUUGUCUGCCUCUCCAUUAAAUGACAUAUCUUCGGAUACAGAAAGCAAUGCUGCAGAGAAUGCAGAAUUUGAUCAAUUAGAUGAAAUGCCUCGUUAUAAGGUUAACAAAUUACUUAUCUAA